UAUCCACAGCUCAGUUUUAUUCACAUUUGGCAUAACAACGACAUCAAAAUUUACGUACAUAACAAACAUGUCAUUGAGUCCCCUUUCGAAGCACUGCAUUGGUAUGGCCAUAUUUCUGUUUGGAGUCAGCAUAGCCUCAAUGUUGUUUACAAAUGAGCGUUGGACUUUUAAGGCGAGCAAUGGCGAUGAGUGGGAGAGGGAAUACUAUCAGGACAUGUUUUUCCUUGCAAUGACCGCUGUUUCUUCUCUCCUUAUGAUGGCUAGUGCAUUUACGAGACGUCCAUUUCUCUUCAUACCCAUUUGGAUAGUUGGUUUUGUGUAUCUCGGCUAUAUGUACUACAUCAAAAUCUCACAAUUCCAAGAAAACUACUAUAAACUAAUUGCAGAUCUUCUCGUUUAUGGCGGUUUGGUAUUUGCCGUUUUGAAUCCAACUGUGGGAUUGCGAAAGGAAAUCCUUGAGGAGAAGACGGUUCAAUCAAAAUAUAAUAAACGGAACUGAAAGGAAAACUAAAGCACCAACAAUAUUUGGAGACAUUUUGUACGUUUGAUUUUUAUGUCGACACCUUCUUGUUGGAACCAUACCAAACGGUUUUUGAAAUUUUAAUGUCGUUCAUAGUAAGAAACGUUCGUGUGAAUAUUGAACAAAAAA